AUGUCGUCUGAUCCAGAAUUGAAGAACGCCAUCCUCAAGCUGACCAAUCUGAUCGCCACCCAGCAGGAGCAGAUUGCGGCACUUCAACGGGCCAACGCAAAUCCCUCCGGCAGCGAGAAGAUCAUCGAGUCAUUGGCAACGGCCAUCGAGGAGUUCCGUUACGAUCCGGACGACGGAAUUUUCUUCGAUGCGUGGUUCGCGCGCUACGAGGACGUCUUCAAGGAGGACGGCAUGCACCUGGACGACAAGGCGAAGGUGAGGCUACUUCUACGCAAGAUCGGUACGCAGUUCCACGAGCGCUACGUGAACAGCAUUCUGCCGAAACACCCCCGAGACUUCAAAUUCGACGAGACGAUCACGAAGUUGAAGAAGCUCUUCGGGCGACAAACUUCUCUCUUCCACGCUCGGUACCAAUGUCUCCAGUACGCGAAGAACGAAGCCGACGAUUUCUCUUCGUACGCGGCAUCGGUCAACCGGCACUGUGAAGCGUUCCAGCUGAAGAAACUGUCCAGUGAUCAGUUCAAGGCGCUCCGGUUCGUGUGCGGUCUCCAGUCACCGCGCGACGCUGAAAUCCGGACGAGGCUGAUCAGCAAGCUGGAAGCCGAGGAGGCCAACCCCCAACCUGAACCUCCUGCUGAGGGCGCAGCACCACGGCUGACGCUCGAAAAUCUGGUCGAAGAGUGCCAUCGGAUCAUCAACCUCAAGCAGGACACGCAACUGGUUGAGAAAACCGAAAAACUCAACAUCCACGCCGUCGCUAAGCAACCACGGCCUACUGCGACGGAGAAGAAGGUGCCAAGUUCCCCGUGCUGGCUCUGCGGUGACAUGCACUAUGUCAGAGACUGCAGCUACAAGGACCACAUGUGCAGCAGAUGCAAGCGACAAGGGCACAAGGAAGGCUAUUGCUCCAUGGCCGAGCAGAAGUCGUCGAAACAGGUCGAGCAGCCAAGGUCUAAGGACUUCGUCAUGUCCAAGGGCAUUCGCUUGGUCAAGCAGACGGACCUGAAGCAGAAGAGGAAGUACAUCCGCAUCGGGCUCAACGGGACGACCGUGCAGAUGCAGCUGGAUUCCGCUUCCGACAUCACGAUGAUCUCCAAGAACGUGUGGGCGCAAAUCGGACAACCCCACAUUCACACCGCGGACGUCAACGCCGUGGGUGCCGCUGGAGGUCGCAUCAACAUCAUCGGUAAGUUCAACGCCAACAUUACCGUCCAGAGCGUCACGAAGGAAGGAUACAUCUACGUCACGGAAGAUCCUGACUUCAACGUGAUGGGGAUCGACACAAUCGAAGCAUUUGAUCUGUGGUCGGUUCCGUUCAACUCGCUGUGCGCCAUGAGUCCAGAUCAACACCACGAAUCGCUUGGACGCUGCAACUCAGUUCAGCUGCGUGCCAAGAAUCUGGUGGCAUCAACGGAUCCGUUUGGACACAGCGCUUGCACACCCAGUCAGCAAGUCAACGAGGCCGUCGUCGCUCCGGAACAACGCGUCGACCUGGCCGUCUUAAGUCCAACCUACGACGAUCACCAUGUGGAGCCUGCCGACAGUGUUCCCGGACUCGGUCAUCGUCAGUCGCCGAUGUAG